AUGUCUGCUGCGUUGCUUACAUGUUUAGAGUUCGUCGCUGAUGAUUUCUUGCCUGAUAUGGCUGCCAAGUACGAAGGAUUAUGGAAAAGGUGUCUCAAAAGUCACGUUUAUCUUGAGGUUAGGUGGGAAAAUAUUGCUUGCCAUGCGCUUCACGCCAUCUUCCCAUUAAUUUUCGACAACUUUUGGAUUAAGAGGGCCGCCCGUGGCGAAGUUUCCGGCGUUUUAGUUCUACGUGUCGACUGCUCUCCUGUCGGCGUUGCAUUCAUUCGGGAUCUCAUAGUUGCUGCUCAGCAUGCGACCUUCAUCAAGCCUGAUUUGAAGAACUGCUUCAAGGACGAGCUCUUGUAUCUUGAUGAUCUCGCUACUACUAUUUGUGACAAUAGGUGGAUCGGCAGCAUCAAUUGUCGCAUGUACGGAGCAAAAAACUUGCAAGUCGACGAGGUCCGUCUCGCUAAGCUUGCCAGCGCUAUUUUGGCAAUGUUGGAAGCCUUCAAUCCCCAGUCUCCAUUAAUCAAGUCAGGCUCCCUCAAGAGGAUUGCUGAUGACACUCCGAUUACAGGGUGCAUCCUCCCGCGCGUCGCAACCUAA